CUGGGUCACUGAAGUGAGCCCCAAUCUCCAUCCCUGAUGGCCCAGCACUGUGUGUCGCCUUGAAGAUUGGACUUGGUGCCAUGGAGGGACGGACCCCAGGAGAGAGGGGCCUUUCGGAAAAGCCGGUCCCCACGGCCGCCCGCCCCAGUCUGUCCUCCCUGGGUGCUGUCUUCAUUCUCCUGAAGUCUGCGCUGGGUGCCGGCCUGCUCAGCUUCCCGUGGGCCUUCCACAAGGCGGGUGGGGUGGCCCCCGCUUUCCUAGUGGAGCUGGUCUCCUUGGUCUUCCUGAUCAGCGGGCUGGUCGUCCUGGGCUACGCCGCCUCCGUCAGUGGCCAGGCCACCUACCAGGGCGUGGUCGGAGGGCUGUGUGGCCCCACCAUCAGGAAGCUGUGCGAGGCCUCCUUCAUCGUCAACCUGCUCAUGAUCUCCGUGGCCUUCCUCCGGGUGGCCGGCGACCAGCUGGAGAAGUUGUGCGACUUCCUCCUGCCCGCCGCCCCGCCAGCCCCGCAGCCCUGGUACGCAGACCGGCCCUUCGCCCUGACGCUGCUCUGCCUGCUGGUCCUCCUGCCCCUGUCCGCCCCACGGGAGCUCGGGUUCCAGAAAUACACAAGCGCCCUAGGUACCCUGGCCGCCUGCUACCUGGCCCUGGUCAUCGUGGCCCAGUACUACCUUGGGCCCCAAGACCUUGCUCGCGAGCCCCGCCUGACGUCGAGUCCUUCCUCCUGGACCUCCGUGUUUAGUGUUUUUCCCACCAUCUGCUUCGGAUUUCAGUGUCACGAAGCUGCCGUGUCCAUCUACUGCAGCAUGCGCCACCAGAGCCUCGGCCACUGGGCCCUCGUCUCCGUGCUGUCCUUGCUGGCCUGCUGCCUGGUCUACUCGCUGACAGGCGUGUACGGCUUCCUGACCUUCGGGACAGAGGUUUCUGCUGACAUCCUGAUGUCCUACCCAGGCAACGAUGGGGUCAUCGUAGUUGCCCGGGUCCUCUUCGCUGUGUCUAUUGUGACUGUCUACCCCAUCGUGCUCUUCCUGGGGAGGUCGGUGAUGCAGGAUUUCUGGAGGAGGGGCUGCUGCUGGGCGUGUGGGCCCCAGGCCCUGGCCGAGCCCUCGGGGCCGUGGGUCCGGAUGUCGCUGACCGUCCUGUGGGUCACCGUGACGCUCGCCAUGGCGCUGUUCCUGCCCGACCUCGGUGACAUCAUCGGCAUCAUCGGCGGCGUCAGCUCCUUCUUCAUCUUCAUCUUCCCAGGUCUGUGCCUCAUUUGUGCCAUCGGCGUGGAGCCCGUAGGACCCCGAGUUAAGUGCUUCCUGGAGGCCUGGGGGGUGGUCUCCGUGCUCAUCGGCACCUUCAUCUUCGGGCAGAGCACCGUGGCGGCUGUCAUGGAGCUGCUCUGAGGGGCGGCCCGCGCCCGAGCAGGAUGGGGGUCUCCACGGCUGCCCUGGUCCGGCUGCCGGCGUCCAGCCGUGAGACCGAUGUUAUUUCGUCAUAAAGAUGCUGGAGAAACUGAUACGUUCUGCCUUCCCGGGCUGCUCAUUUGGGCUUCUACUGGUUCCCAGGGUUUCUGGUGCAGUGGUGAGGAGGUUCUUAGUGUCCUGGGCCUGCCCUGCAAAUGACCACAGACUGGGGGCUUCUGGCAACAGCUGUGCAUUCUCUCAGUCUGGAGGCUGGAAGUCUGAGAUCAAGGUGUGGGCUGGGCUGGCACCCUCCCUCUGCAGGCUCUCGCGGGGGGUCCCUCCUGCCUCUUCCAGCUUCUGCUGGUUGCUGGCCAUC